AUGUAUAAAUUUCAUACGAAAAGGGUAAAAGCUGCUGCUGGGCAAAUGUGGACUUCAAAUCUCUCCAAGAUCAGAAAAUCUCUCAAAAAUGUUUACCAUAAAUGUAAGGUUCAGCACCUGUAUCCAACUAUAACUUCCUAUAACUGUGAGCAAGACAUUAGUUGUGAAGAAGAGAUGAGUCUUACAAUAAUGCUCCAAGAUGUUAAAACUGCCCAAGCUACCCUCCUCAACCAAAUGACUGAUGUUGUGGGUGCAAUAUCAAAAAUCCAGGAAAAAUUUGACAUUUAUCAGAAGCAGAUAGAAGUACUGGAAACUAGAGUGAAUGUUAAUGAAGACAUACAAUCCACAGCAACUAAAAGUACUCUUUCUCUGAAGGAAGACCUGGAAGCUUUAACAAAGAAGGUGACAGAAUUGGAAAACCAGAAUUCUUGCUCCAGCUUACAUUGUUUAGGGGUUCUAGAGGGAGAAAAAAGUAAAGAAAUCAUGAAAUUGCUUCACAAACUCAUACAACCAGAAACUCUAAAGAACACAUCAGCUUCUGCAGGCUCUGAAAUACCUUCAGCAAGACCAGAGAAGGUGCCCAAGUGUUCAAAACCCACUGAUAAUCUUGAGGAAGAAACAAUUUCUCCCCAAAUUAAAACUCCAAAGAAAAAUAACCAUCAAAAUGCAUUGAGAAGGUUUAAAAAAGCAAAGUCAAAUAUUUACAUUUACCCAGACUUUCCUACAUGGAUCAAGCUAACUUUUGUUCACGGAGGAAAGUGGACAUUUUUCCUCAGAGCCACCAAGUUAGAAGAAUUCAUCCAGUGGCUUCUUUCAAGGCCAACCAGUCUUCCUGAAGAACCACAGCUCAUGACUCUGAGAUAUGGUCCAUUCACUGGACCAAUUGUAAGCCUGACCACAAUCUGUCUCUCUGUUUUCAACUAUAUUUCUUGCCUUUUCGGUUUCUCAAAAGAAGAAAUAACUCGUCUCUAGAGUUAUUUUCUGCUUUGCUAGGUACUAAAUAAACGUAACUUGGUUGCUCCAAGCAUUC